UGCAAACGGCCUACAAACCAACACCAUAAUAGUUAAAUCCAGAAAUCAAAUCUAGAUAAAAUUCAUAGCCAAAAUGAAUCCGGAAAAAAAUUAAAUCAGAAAAUUCAACGAAGCUCUAACAUCAAAAACCUAGAAAUCAAAUCCAGAACAAAAAAAAAAUCACCAAAGUCAAAAUUGAAAUUCCAAACAACAAUUCACUACACCUGUCCUUUGAAUCUCUUCCUAUUCCGUUCAACCCAACAAUUCACUACAAUUUGUUGAUGAGAUAAAUGGCAGUGAUAGAGUCGGUCUUUUGGGUUUCCAGUAAGGAGGAGGAGAAGGAGAAGAAGAUCCGUUGGUUUCAAUUUUUCUCAGAAACCAAAUACUGCUGCAAGCUUCAAAAGAAAAUUUGAAAGAAAAAACAAAAAGCUUCAAAAGAAUCACUCAUCAGACUAGAGAAUUAGAAGAAAGCAGCCAAGGAAUUUCCCGCGAGAGAAAUUGUUUAUUUCUGAAACCGAACCAGUUCCGUGAGGGUUCCCAGUUCAACCGGUCUGAUCUUUGGACUAAUCUAAGUCAAAAUGUCACGUGCAAAACCUAACGGUCUUCACUUUUCAAUUCGGAUCCUUAGUUUGGACUUGUGCAUUAGAGCAGAAGGACUUUAAAUUGAGAGGGAAGAAGAGAGGCAGGACCUAAUACUGGUGAUGAUAGUGUAAUUUGAGUUAAAUUUAAGGGUUAAAACAUCGGAUGGACGCAGCAUCAUCGUCGUGUUCCUCGACUCCGGCGAGCGAAUCAUCGAUAACGUACUAUGAUUUCCUCAACAAAAUGCGAAAUCUUGCUUCUCUUGAUCUCGUCAGAUCCAUCAAGAGCUUCAUUGUAUCAUUCUCAUUUUACACGGCCAACCCUGAAAAUGAUGGCCAAAGGGUACAAGAGUUCUUCUCCACAAUGGAAGCUGCUAUCAUAGAUCAUCCAUUAUGGGCUGGUGCCGCAAAUGAGGAAGUUGACUGUGCAAUGGAGGGUUUAGAGAAAUAUGUGAUGACAAAAUUGUUCUCCCGAACAUUUGCCGCUUCUCCUGAGGAUGUCAAGAUUGAUCGAGAAAUCUAUGAGAAGAUACAAUUGUUACAAACCUUCUUGAGGCCUGAGCAUUUGGACAUUCCAAAAAUCCUUCAGAAUGAAGCUGCAUGGCUGCUUGCAGAAAAGGAACUACUGAAGAUCAAUGCUUUCAAGGCUCCCCGUGAAAAGCUUCUGUGUAUUAUGAGCUGUUGUAGAGUCAUCAAUAAUUUGCUGCUCAAUGCAUCGAUUUCAGAAAAUCAUGCUCUGGGAGGAGCUGAUGACUUUCUUCCUGUUCUCAUAUAUGUUACGAUCAAGGCCAAUCCUCCUCAGUUGCACUCCAACCUCAAAUUCAUCCAAUUGUAUCGUAGGCAGGCAAAGCUGAUCUCUGAAGCAGCCUAUUAUUUCACAAAUCUUGUAUCAGCUAAAUCCUUUAUUGUUGACUUAACUGCCAAGUCUAUUUCCAUGGAUGAAAUUGAAUUCGAGCAGAGCAUGCAAGCAGCAAGGUUGGCCAACAAGGAAUCACAAGUGGAACCAUCAUCCAGAUCAUAUGAAAUGACAGAUUUAGGAGCAGAGACAUGUCCUGGUACUUCAACAAGCAUGGACGACAGAGAAACAAUUAUGAAUGGCACAUCACAUUAUCCCUACAUGGAAGCUGAGGCGGGUGAAUUGACAGUUAAAGAUGUGGAGAAAUUGCUAAGUCUAUACAAGGAUGUGGUUACAAAGUAUACUAGCCUCUGCAGUGCAGUUAGACGAAUUUCCGAGUCUGGCAAGGUACCCUCUGUUCCUAUUUUCAGAGAAACCAAUCCCUUUUUCUCGCAAGUUGAGGGAAAAUCUGAGGGAACGGAUCUUAGUGUAGACCUCAAAGGAGAACAAAAUGGCAAACAAAUUUGCAAGUAGCUUGUUGCUUAUUAGAGCAGUAAAAGAUCUAUUCUAUGCGAGUCAUUAUAAUAGAAUUCGCAUAAAAUAUAUGAAAUCCAUAUAUUUAUAUGUUAAAUCUAAAUAAAAAAAUGACGUCAUUAGCGGCCUUUUCUUGGACCCUAUGCAGAUUUUGUUUUAUUCUACUUUUGUCAUAUGAAAUUCUUG